CAAACGUCUAAAUCGUCCAAUCACCCGACGCGCGAGCCUCGUUGGACGCCAUGGACGUCCAACUGCACCGAUUGGAUUUGUUGCAAUGCGGCGCCUUGCAGCCUGGCACUCUGGAAGUCUUGCCCGUCGGGAAAAAGAAGCAGCAGAAGAUCGCGGUGGGGGAUGACAGCGGGGUCCUACAGGUCUUUUACUUGAAGAAGGGAGAGGUGCAGUACGAGUGGAAGUCUCCGGCACUGGGGCGAGAGAUCAGCUCCGUGGUGAUGCAGAUGGCAAAGGAUAAGAUCUUCGUGGGCUGCGGCCAGUCCAUCCAUGGCUUCACACGGAAGGGCAAGGAGUUCGUGAAGAUCAAGACGAACCUCACCGAGACGAUUCACCAUUUGUUCGUGGAGGAGAACAUGAUUUGGACUGGAGGAGAAUAUAUCCUGAACAUCUAUGACAACUGCAAGGACUAUGGCUUCGUCAUGACGAAAGAUCGAAUCAACGACCUCACCUGCGCUCCGGUGUAUCCGGGAGAGAUCCUCAGCACCAUCGUGGCCUGUCAGGACAAAUGCUUAAGAGUCUUCCAGGGAGAAAAGGUCUUUCACGAGUUCGCAGUGGAAGGUUCGGCGACUGCCUUGGGCUUUCAUGGCCUCAGUCCGGUGGACAACCCUGCGCAUCAUGUGGGAGAUCCAGUCCAGAUGAUCUAUGGCACUGAGCAAGGCGUGGUGGGCCUUUGUUCUUUGGAUGCCAAGUCCAUGCGCCGCACCGGCGGCGUCUCCGACCGGCAAAACCGCCCGGGCGUGGGCUCCGGCGCUUCGUCGCGGCGCCCGCGGGUGUGCUGCUUGCACACGGCGGAUGUGGUGAAGAGCGGGGCCUUGGAUCUCCUCGUGGGGCGUGAUGAUGGGACCCUGGAGCUCUGGAACUUGGGUGAUGCGGCAGCCUUUGCCUCUCAACGACUGGAGCAAGCGCCGACACCCUUGUGGGAGACCUGCUUACAGGAGAGCAUUCAGUCCUUGAGCUCCGGCCACAUCACCGGUGGCGACUACAUGGAGGUCAUCUUAGCCACUUACAGCGGAAAGGUCUUAGCUUUCACUCCAAGCGGCGCUGCUCGAGAUCCCACUGGGACACAGAUGGCCAAGCAGGAAGAGAGGGAAGAGGCUGGGGCAUCCGUGAUGUCCAGGAUGGUGAAAGGCACCAAAUCCUCCGACCUGGAGCAAGCUGAGAUGAAGCAAGAGCGCAGUCGAAGGUUUCAAGCCUUGGAGCAGGAGGUGGCCAGACUCAAGGCAGAGACCGACAAGGCUCGGAAGGACUAUCAGAAUUUGUCCUCCGAGCAGAUUGCCAUGCAGACCACCACCAAGGUCUCGCACCGUUUUGGCCUCACCAGUGAGGAGGCUUGUUACAUUCUCACCUUGGAGUCGCAAGCUGCCAUCGAGCUCAUCGCUCUCAGAGCUGAUGUCGAAGUGGAUCUAUUGGAUCACAGCGGCACGUCAGCGAUUUUGUCGAGAUCUCGAGGGGAUCCACAAAAUCCCUUGCUGGCCUAUUACAGGAUGCAAGAAGAAGGCAGCCGCUUUCAAAUCCGCAUGCGUACCGUGGAAGGCUUAAGCGGCACCUUGUCCGCCUUCGUGGUGCCUGAGACACAGCCCAAGACGGCGCAUUUGAUCACGGUCUCCAUCAAGCCCUUAGCCUUGCACGAGAAGAUCCCGGAGGUGAGCCCUGAGGUGCCCAUGAACGAGCUCCGCUUGAGCGGACCCUUCUCGGUGACUGACAUGCACAGCUGGUUGAUGCUAUGUGUCAAUGAGUUGCCCUCGCGGCCCACAGAUGAUGAGAUGGUCAUCGCGUACCGGAGCACCUUUGUGGGCACUCAGCUCUAUGGCAGGUAUUCCAAGGGCUCUGCGAUCUUCAGGUCUGACUCGAUUACCACCAUCAGUGUCUUGAAGGAUAUCAUUUCCAAGGAGGCCACGGCCAAAAAGAUCCAGGUGCAAAUGCACGUGGACGUGAACGAGGAGACCUUCGGGCGCUUCUUAGAGUUGGUCCAUCCGAAGCUGAACUAUCAGCACGCCUUGACGCAGCAGGUGCGCAUGGUGGAACCUCUGCGAGAGGCCACAAGGGAGAGGUUUCCCCGUGAGGCGACAAGGGCGACAGUCACCAUGGCGUAAGCAGUGGGGUUGCCACGACGAAAACGGUCGACCGAACGGUGUGGCUCUGGUUUCUGGUAUGUCGUGUUUGAUUGGGAUCCACUACAUAUAAACCGAACGUGUAGCUGGACUGGGGAGAUACUCCUUGUCUUUUGCAAUCUUUUGCCCGAUGGGACAGUCCAUUUUGGGCUCCGGUUAGAUGCAGCACAACCAGUGGGUCUUCCUCUUCAAGCUGUCAUGAAAAGCCAUGAUGCCCAUGCAUUUGAUGCAGUAGGCUCGUGAAACCAUCCAGACCAGAGCACUUAUAGCUCGACUUUCCACCGGGUCUUUUUGCGAUAGACAACCAGAGAAGGAACCAAAAGGAAGGAAUCAUACAAACCAAAUCAAUGGCAAUUGGGGUGGUUUGGGG